AUGGGCGACAAAGGCGACGCGUCGAAGCUCGGGGCGUCGCAGCCCGCGCUCGUGAUCGGCGGGGUCAACCCCUCGGGGCGCAAGAAGCGCGCGUCCUUUCCGCCGUCCGCGAGAAAGCUCCCGCCGUCCGCAGCCGCGCCAACCGCGAGUAACAACAACAACGGGGGCGGGACGGGCGAGAGCCACGGCCUGUCCGACGCGGAGAAGGCGAAGAUCCACGGCAAGAUCAACGGCGCCAAGGCCCUCGAGGCGUCGGAAAAGAUGCGCGCCUACCUCGAGAACAAGGCGCGCAAGCAGCGCGAGGCGAUGGAACGAAAGUACGGCGUGGGUUCGCUCUCUGGAGGGGGUAAACUCUCAUCCGAUGGGUCGUACCACGCGGCGCCGAGGGAGGCGUCGUCGGUGACGCUGGGCGUGGGCGCCGAGGUCAAGCGCGCGGCGGCAAUCGCGGUCGAGGCGGGCAUACGCGCGUGCACGCCCGAGUCGUCCGCGAUGCUCGCGCAGGGGCUCGACGGGAUGCUCGAACGCGACGGCUCCGCGGACUUGGGGUCGAUCCCGCGCGUGUCCCCGCCGAGGGUGGCGGGCUUCGGCACCGCCAAGCUCGCGCGCCCGCCCUUGUCCAACCGAAGCUCGAUCAAGGGCGUGAAAACCAACAACUCGGCGCUGGACGGUAACCGAUUAUUGGACGCGCGUAGGCCCGCGCCGUUGGCUCAGCCGCCGUCGUCGGUCGGGUCCGACGGUAGCCACCCCAGCAGCGCCGAGGCGACGCCGACGGGACACGGACGAACCGGGAGGGGCAAACACCCUAAUCUUAACAACACCCCGGGCCCGUCAUUGAUGACGCCGUCCGCGAACGACCCUUUAUUAGACCCCGCCGACGUCGACUCGCCCGGAGACUUUCCCAGCCCGGCUCCGAGCGCGGCGGCUCGAUACAUCGGCCGGCCUUUGGGUCUGCACGUCACGUCUCCGGCGGCGUUCGGAGGGAUGGGAAGCGCGGAGAGCACGCCGGGGUUGACGCCGUCGGAAGGACAAAUCGGGGGCCGGGAGGGCGGUUUAGGGGGUAUGGGGGGGAGAGCCGGGGAAGCGGCGACUGGUCGGGCGGCGGUGACUGGUCGAGCCAGCCCGGACGUGGUGCGCCGGAUGAGACUCCCGACGUUAUCCGACGUGGAGGACGCCGCGCGAUUGGGCGCGGGUGCCGGAUCCGGGUACGACUCCCCCGACGAUUCCUUCCCGGACGAGCACGAUGUUCGGUUCAACUCGGGUAAUCUUACGGGUGCGAUCGAUGGCACGCCUCGGAUGUAUCCAGACGAAGUGGACGGCGGGACGGAACAUUCGGACCCGGGGGCUCCGUCGCCGCGAAGCAAGGCGCUUCGUCUGGAGGAGGAACACCGCGCGGCGGCCAGGAUCCAGGCGAAUGCGCGCGGGCACCUGGUCCGAUGCCGGAUGGACCGCGAACUCCGGGCGCGUCGCCUCGCGCUCGCGGCGAGGGAGAUGGAGGAAGUUCGAGUGUACGACGGCGAGGACGGAUCCCCCGGCGGCGGCGGCGACGGGGUGGACGAAGAAGCCGCCGCCGCCGCGGUGGCCGCGGCGAUGCUCACGCGACCCGGCGGCGGGUCGAUCGAGGCGCUGCAGAGGUCCGUCGUGGACGCGGUGAGGGGGGUGGAUCGCGCGGGCGCGAGCGGCGGGUCGUCGCAUCUCUCGGCGGAUGAUACAAUCGCGAGAGCCGCGGAUGCGUUGACGCUUUCGCUCACGGGAUCGCUGCCAUCCUCCGUCGGGAGGACGACCGGCGAGGGGGUUUUCUUCGACGAGGACGAGGGUGGUGAGGAGGAUGAUGGGGUGGGUUUGGACGCGACGGAGCUCGACGCGGCGGAGCUCGCGGCGGUUGCGAAGAUGCAGGCGAGCGCGAGAGAUUUGCUGUCGAAGGCGGACGACGACGCGGCGGCGACGGCGGCGGCGGCGGUGUCGGAUGGGGAGGCGGCGGCGGUCGCGAAGAUGCAGGCGAGCGCCAGGCUUCACCUCGCGAGGUCCUAG